AUGGCUCUGAAGGAAGCAUUCAUUCAAUUGGUGUCAAACGUGGAGCCUAUACGAAGAGUCCUGCAAAUUGUAUAUAAGGAUGUUGUGUACGCGAUUCUACUCAAGUACAUCUAUACUGCUGAAAUCCAGAAAUCGAUGUCUAUCUACGGCACUCUACCUUUAAACCAUGAUGUCGACGCAUCAGGGUCUUUGUCCCUCACCGUGCCAUUUUCGAUUCCGGAAUCUCAGUUCAAGCCAACGCUGUCUGCCUUUUACCAUUCUGCAAACUCCAAAGUUUCCACACUGGGUAAGGGAUGGACCCUGAUGGGUAUAUCUACCGUCGAGCGCACCCCCGCUACCGUGGCCCAAGAUGGAGCUCGAGGUCAGCUAUGGUUUCAUGAUAACGUUGUCCCUGGUCUCAUGUUUCUACCAGGUGUGGUUGGUUAUAAUGACAAAGAUUGUUUCACCUUGGACGGCCAGAGACUCAUCAAAAUCGGUGACACGCAGGAGAACAAGACCGAAUACCGAUUCGAGAUUGAACAAUGGACGCGAGUUUUUGCAAUUGGCGACAACCUCGCCAACCCUACUUCCUGGGAACAACAUCUUCCUGACGGAACCAUCAGAAUGUUUGGGAGCACCGAGGAUUCCAAUGUCAAAGCAGAUGGUCACAAGGAUGGCUACACUCGCGUCUGGUCCAUUAAUGAAGCUUCUGAUCCAUUCACGAACUACAUCACCUUUGAAUACACGAAACCCAGCAAUGGUACAGUUUAUCCCAAGCGCAUAUCCUAUGGCGGGAAUCGUAAACUCAGCAUUUCGCACCGAAAACGGGUUGCUUUUACCCAUGAAAAACGCGAUGACAAAAUAACCGAAUACCUUGGUGGCUACAAAAUUCAAACUGAAAAAAGGCUCAAGGAAAUACGCUGCAUCAUCGGAGAGGCACCGACUUGGGAACCUCCUAAAUGGAAGUAUCAAUUCGACUACGAUUAUGCCCCUUUGACUGGAGUCUCUCGGAUUCGUGUUUUAACUUUAGUCGAUUCUCUGCAAGACUUAAAGGUCGAACCGCUCAAAUUUGACUGGAGCGAUGGAAAUCCUGUCGUAUUCGACUCUAGCAAAGACGUUUCUACGUUUUCUCGCGAGGGAAUAAUUGAUGCCUUUCAUAUCGACGUUAAUGCCCAAGGUUUUAGCGACAUGGUUAUCGCAUCCGAACGCAAAAAUCCCGAUAAUGAAGAUGCGCCCGAACUUUACCUUGAUAUCUACCUUUCUGAUUCCCAAGGAAAGGUUUCCGAAACGCCCACGAAAGGAUCUGGCUUUACAGGCCUAUCUAACCCACAGUCCUUGUUGGCAAUUGAUGCUGAUGGCGACGGGAAGGCCGAUCUUCUUCAUAUUGUCUCGUCUGCCUCUGCAUAUGUGAUCACAAUCUUGCUUUCGAACGAAGAUGCAACCGAUGCAGACAAUAAAUUCAAUAAAUAUGAAAAACAACAGUCAACCACGUUUACUCCUGAGAUUAUGGGAGGGAGUUUCCACGCUGGUGAUUUUGAGGGAAAUGGCAAGAUCGGACUCGUCUAUAUCUACUUGACUACACAGGAAUCUUCUCCAGACGUCCAGCAAGUUCAUUUCGUACAGUUUACUUCAGAUGGAAAAGCUUUGACUGCAAAAGAUGUCGCAAAGGGCCCUUCGUCCGCUUCAAUAACUAGUAAGGAUAUUCACGUUGUUGUUGGAGAUCUUGACGGUAAUGGCACCGAUGAUAUCUUUAUCCUUGCUCCAGCGACUUCUACCCCUGAAGAUGGCUGGAUGAUCUACUUUCUCCAAUCCAACAAUGGUACACUCAGCUAUCGGGAAGACGACCCCUUGAAAGACGCUGGAAAGUCUGUACCUCGAGUCUCCAAUCCAAACAUAUUCCCAUUCAAAGCGGACUCUGAUGGAAAAACUGGCUUGCUUUUCGCAUCAGCAACCAGUGAUAAAUUUUUAAAACUCCAACUCCUUCGCAGCAUUGGGAAUUCCGCACUCUUGCCUGGUGAACCGAUUGCAACUCAAGCCAAAUAUAGUGACCAAGUUACUGUCGCUACUUUGAUUCAGAGGAUGGCAGAGGUUGUCAAUAUUGGAGGAGAAGAUGAUAACAAAGUCCUCUCUGUUUUCAAGUUUGACGGCGAAAAUUUUCAACAGAUUCCAAAUGUUACUCAGCCAGCCGAUUUCGGUGUUCUUUAUGUUCGUUGCGCGGAUCUACGAGGAAUUGGACGGUCCGACUUGCUUUUCUACUCUCCCGGCGAUGAAGGCCGCGUCAUUGCUCGGGUUCUACCAUGCUCAGGUUCUCAGCCAUUGGAUAAUAUCACCACCUUCCGUAAUGGUCUCGGAGGGUACACAACAGUCAGUUACGGUCCUCUUACAGAUCCCGCUCUUUACACCGCAAGCGAUAUAAAGUACUGCCGAGUUACUGCCCAAAUGAAUGGUACGGCCAAUAACUCGACCUUUUCCAUGACCAGUGGUACUGCUGGUUGCCAGCCAACGGAAUCAUCACGUUCGAACCUUGUUUAUUUCCCCUCCUUCGUUGUUCGCGAUAUCUCUUCAAAGUAUGACACAGAUAAUCCGGUGACGGUCAACCAAUUUAGUUACACUUACUCCAACGCAGAGAUAUCCUUCGACGGUCGUGGGUGGCUGGGGUUCCAGACCAUAACGAAGUCGGAUGGCAUCAGCAAAAUUCUCGAAUUAACGGAAUACUACCAGUCUUUCCCCUGCACCGGUAGGGUAAAGCUUUCUCAGAAAAGGGAUAGUGAGGAUAUUGCACAUAUAGUGGACCUUGGUAAAUCAGAAUACACGUGGACUAGCAAGCAGGUCAACAACGAGAAAAAUUAUACCAUUCAACUCGAUGCAGUAAAGGAAACCUAUUACGAAGCUGGAGUUCAAGCAUACGAUGUGGACGUCGCCUAUACCUACGACGACUAUGACAAUACCCUAUCAACUACCAUAACCCCUUCUCAACCCAACGCCUCCGUUCUUUCAAUCGAAUCAACUUACGAUGCGCCGAACUCCAACGCGCGAUGGGUUGUGGGAAAUAAGCGAACGGAGGACACCAAGCAGGCGGAUAACUUUUUACGUCGCCUCACCCAAAGUUACACCACAGAUACUUUCGCUUGCAAGGAAAGGAGCCAUUGGGUCCGGGAAGACAUUUGGUCGACAACGAACUACACCUUCGACGACGCAGGAUAUCAAAAGGAGAUUACAGGCCCUUCCUCUUCCCGUCAAGAAUUCGCCUACAAUUCCACGUAUACAACCGUUACAACGAAGACCCAUACAGGGACCAAGACUACCACUGAUGAAUCUUCGGAUGAGCCUGUUACCGUACCAAUCACUCUCGACGAGAUUACCGAGUAUGACCCAGCCACACUCUUACCUUUAAUGGUGGAGAAACCGAAUGGUGUUGUCACGAAAUUUCAGUACGACGUUCUCGGUCGUAAAGUUGCAAUUUCACAAGGUCCGGGCAAGGACAGUGUCAGCACCGUCGAGACAACUUCCUUCGCCAUGGAUGGUUCAAAAUUCAUUGAGACCCGCCAAAUUAGCAAUGGCCUUGCUGGCACUGACGCCGCCAUGCGGAAGGAAAUAUCAUACUAUGACGGCUUCAUGCGAUCGCUCUCUGUGCGGAAAUCAAGGCCAGACCGCCUUGACGAAUACAUUUGCGUUGACACUGGGUAUGACAGUUUGAAUCGUAAAGUUUCACGGUCGAGGGAAUACCUUUCUACCUCAGAACCUCCUGCUCUUGAUCAGCAAUUCCAGUACACAUAUGACAAAAACUCUCGCCUGAUAACAGAAGUCUAUCCUGCAAACAAAUCGGGCGGACAGAGCGUCACACAUAACCUCAAAUAUUCAUGCGAGGCAGGAGUCCCGAAGAUUACUGAAACCCUGUCCGUUACAUCGUCUGAUGGAGGCUCCGCCGCUGACACUGGAUCCAUAAGUCGUGAAUUGGCCGUCAUUCCCAAUGCAGAUGAUCCUUCUGUUGGUAAUUUUGUUAAACUCUGCGUUGCCAAAAGGCAAAAUGAAAACCUUCAAACUGUCGACACCGUAUAUGAUGGAGUUGCUCGCCCCAUCGAAGUCACUGAUUCGUCUUCCCGUGUAAAGCUUCUCUUGAAGUACGAUGGCCUUUCGCGUCAGGUCGAGAGAGAAAUCGUCCAGCUUGCCAAACCGCCAGGGGAUGGAGAAAAAGACUCUGAUGUCACAUUCAGCCACUUCCGCCUUACAUUUGACGAUACUAACCUCAGUUCCACACUUCUAAACGUCCUUACAGGCUCAUCUAUCACUUCCAAGACCGACUUCAGUCGCCGGCUCAUCGAAAAAUCUACAACUGAUGAAACCAUCACCUUCGAUUAUGAUGCGGAUACGUUGUCAAAGGGGAGGCUCAGCUCAGUUAAAUCCAACCAAGGUAUUGAACACAGCUUUCUGUACGACAAUCGGGGGAACCAUUCUUCUACCACUCUCAAAAUUGAUGGCCACGAACUCCAGACAACGUUCACUUGGACCGAGACUGGACAGUUGAAGACAACCAACAAUCCAGACGGAACUUCGAUUUUGCAGGAAUAUUACCCUGAUGGUUUGACGGCAAAAACGAUCUCACUAUCCAAAGGUGAUGCAGUUAAAGCCUCUGUCAACUUUUCAGGUCUCGAGAAUGCGUUUGGGCUGCCUUUGACUCGCUUAUUUGGGAAUAAAAUUACAUCCACAAUCACAGUUUCUGACAGCGGAAUGCUUAGCGCGGACACGCUUACUCUCGCGGAUACUGAGAAACCCUUGUUAGAGCAGCAGUGGGAUUACGAUCCGUUCAACAAAGUCGCAACUGGUAAGAUCGGUGAUAACAAUUUGGCUUACGAGUACGACAAAGCUGGUCAACUUUCGCAAUCUAUCAUUGGGAAUAUUACUACUGUGUAUCAAGAUGGGCUCUGUUUAUCGGCAACCAAUGAUUCCAAAUCUACCAAAUUUACCAAUAACGUUGAUGGCUGGCAACUCAAAUCGGUAUUUGCUGACGACGAUUCUCCGUUAUACGAAUACACGUACAGCACCGAUGGCAAGACCUCAACGAAGAAGGCCGGUGAUGAGACAACCACGCUGAAUUACGAUGCGCAGGACCGACUGACGGCCAUAGUCGGCAGCUACACUGGAUUUAUAUAUGAUUAUGCGGGGCGACUCUUGAAGGCAACCGCAGCCACCGGUGAAAGUAUCCUUUACGUCAACCCCGGAUGCGAAAUGAAGGUCAAGACAGGUGCAACACCCGAUACAACAACUACAACAUGGACGUCUUACCUAAUCGACAAAGAGCGCCGCGCCUCCUAUACUGAAGACCAACCUGUCGAUGAUGCCCCGGCUUCUGGAGUGGUUUACUACUUCCACACAGAUCAGCUUGGGAGCACUGUUGCAGUAUCGGACAAUGCUGGCACCCUUGUGACCCAGUAUAGGUAUGAUGCAUUAGGAAAAGCAACAGUUUCCGGAGACGACCUUGCUCGAUACAAAUACUGCGGAAGGGAGCAAUUUGGGACUUUGUAUAACUUUGGAGCACGUUUCUACGACUUUGAGGCAAGUUUUAAUUCAUCGACUGGGCGUUUUAUGACCUUGGAUAAUCAUCCUCUCGACAUCGAUAACAUAUCGCCCGGUUCCUUUAAUCUGUAUGGUUUCUCCCAAAACGAUCCAAUCAAUUUCACCGACCUAAAUGGCAAUCGCGCCGUACCGACAGCUCAUUGGAUUAUUGAUGGCUUACUUAUUGCUGCUGGAUUGGGUCUAACCAUUGCUUCCAUGAUAACACUCAACCCACUCCUAGCUGUCGCAGGGGGAGCUGUGCUCAACAGUGGUCUCAGCGGAUUUGUCACAGAUGUCGCCGCGUCAGUGGACAACAGCAGUGAUACCGGAUCGUGGCUCUUCCAACUUGGUCUUGGGGCUGUCAUCGGAGGUGUUUUUGGAGGCGCUAGCAUUGGUCUCAACCUUGGUAUUCGCCAUGGCACAAAGGCAUUGCUUUCCGCUGGGAGUCGUCAGAUAUUCAAGCAUGCUGUGAUCCAGAAUUCGUUUAAUAUACUUGCUGAAGCCGGCCUUGGUGCGGCGGGUGGUGCUGUUCAACAGGGUCUAACAAACUUGUAUCAGGGAGAUCCGAUUGGUAAAGACGUCGGAUGGUCAGCUACAUUGGGGGCUAUAGCUGGCUUGGUUGUAGCUGGAGGUUUGAUGGUUGGGCAAAGCAAAUGGGGGCGCGUUGCGUUAGCGGGACAACGAGCUAGCGAUCGAAUUCUGUCCUCUGCGAGAACUGGGCUCCCUAAUCUACGCAUGCAACUGGCGCAAGGGCGAUUCGUGAAUUCAUCUGUUGUUCGGGAUGCGCCUAUCGAGAUCUACUAUAUUUCCAGGGGUAUACAUUUCACAGACAUUGACGGUUAA